AUGGCUCCUAAAUACGCCCCAGAUGUGCGCUCUCGUUUGGCUCCUUUGUUGCUUUUCUUGCAAACAGGCUUUAUUAUAUUGUAUUACUUCUCCACUGAGAUAGAAAGCAAUGUGGAUGGGAUUAUAUUCAGCAAUUUCUACCCAGUGUUCCAGGAUUUGAAUGUGAUGGUCUUUUUGGGUUUUGGUUUCUUGAGUUCUUUUUUGGUCCGCUAUGGUUUUAGUGCCUCAGGGUUCAGCUUUCUUAUUGCUGUCAUGGCCACCCAGUGGGCACUCAUACUAAAUGGUAUUGAGUCUUGGUAUUACAGUGGGAAGAUUAAGCUUAGCCUGAGAAGCUUGGGGGUUGCUGAGAUGUGCACCGCCUCAGUUCUUAUCUCAAUUGGGGCUGUACAAGGCAAAACGAAUCAUGUCCAGCUAAUUCUAAUGGCCCUACUGGAGGUGUUUGGCUUUGUCCUGAAUGAGUGGCUUCUGCAGACUCUGCUCUCGGCACGGAAUACACACUGCAUCAUGGUACUUCACAUCUUUGGUGCAUUCUUUGGUCUUGUUCUGACGUGGAUCCUCUAUCGGAAAGAAUCAGAACAGGGAUUCGAGAAGGAGAAACUUGACCGCAAAGCUGGAUUGUUCUCCAUGUUAGGUACUGUGUUCCUCUGGAUGUUUUGGCCAAGUUUUAACUCAGUCCUUGUAGACGACCAUUUUCCUGAGAGGAAAUUGAGGUCAGUGUGCAGUACCUACCUGGCCCUGGCUGUAAGUGCUGUAGCAUCUCUUGCGGUGUCUGCUCUCUCCAGUCCAGAGGGAAAAGUUCAUCCAGCCAAUUUUCAGUCAUGCAUAUUUGCUGGUGGUGUUGCUGUCGGGGUCUCCAUGUCAGUGAUACGUUACCCAUGGGAGGCCAUGACAAUUGGAUUGACUGCGGCUGCUGUGUCAACCACUGGAUUCCGAUACCUCAAGGUGGUGAUCAAUGUAUUCAUGUGUCAAUUUAUCAUCAGUCUACCUUAUACCAUACUGUGUUUUCCUAAUCAGAGCCACAUGCUGUUUGCCUUCGAGUGUCAUGAUACGUGUAGUGUUCUGAGCACACAUGGACUGCCUGGCCUACUGGGAUGGCUGACACACCUCCUUCUGCAGAUUAAACAGUCUGAUGAUCACACAACGGCGAUCCGGUUUGCUGUAUUUCACAUUUGUGUUCUCCUUAUCACAAUAACUGUAAGCCUGACCAUGGGGAUCAUAACAGGGGUACUACUUAAGUGGGACAUCUGGAGACCCCCCCAAGAUAAAAAAUGUUUUGAUGACCAGGCUUUCUGGAUGUUUGAGCAUCUUGCAGUUCGCAAGUAACUUGAGAAGUCUGACCCUUGAUUCAAGUGUACACCAGAUUUACAAAAGCCAAACACACAAUGGGUUUCCUGCUCAAUAUGAUUGUUUAAUUAUGCCAAGGUAGCCAAAGACUAGGUCCAUUGUAGAAACAUAAGAAAUGGAUGCACAUCGAGCAAGUAAAUCUACCAGACAGUUGUGACAAAUGAUGACCUCAACUCAGCUAUGCAAGCCCAUGACUAUUUUACAAUAAAUUCGCAUGACGAGAUUCAGAGCUCACUUGAUGUUCUUUCAGUGAAAAACAAUCUCUCAUGACAAGUUUUGUCAGUACGUAUUAUCACGGUAAUUCCCCCAGUUAUUUUAUACACCACAAAAUGUAUUGUUUUCACUCAGCUGACAAGUUAUAUAAAAUGAUGGGAAGCAUUAGCAUACCCACAGCAGGUUUCGCCCUAGUAUUCCCAAAAUACAUAUUAAACACAAGUUUUAUACCAUCUUCAACAACGCAGCUGCACAGGGCAGAUACACAUUUCAAAAUGUGCAACAGUUCAUCUGUCAAUGAGCCUAUGUAUUGUGCUUGGUUAUGAUUUAGCCUUUUAAAAUGGCGACAAAAAUAUAAAUUAAAUGUCAAUCUCGAAUGCUAAAAAGGCUACAUAUAAGGUGAUGAAUAACCACUGAAGCCUGGGGCAUUUUGUUUCAUAUAACAAAAAAAGCAGUGUAUAACAAUGACGGCCAAAUACACACAGUCAGUUAUUGCCACAGGUCCUCUGUGCGUCCAAACUUGAAUACCAGGGCCCUGGUGAAUAAUAAAGGUGGGUGAUAUCAGUUCAAGUACUUCAUGGAGAUCAAAAUAGUAGUAAACAUGUCACUACGGCUUAUACACUUACCCGAAGAAAAUGAAUGCAUUUUGGAAAAAAACCGCAAUACCUGGGUACACAACUGGC